AUGACUGAAUAUACGCCAACUUCGGAGCAGCGACAUGGCUCAACAUCCACGACAAGCCAACCGUUCCCGGAAGAAGAAACAUUAGUGACAAUCCCUUAUUCGGAAACGGAGGAGUGCGAGCCGCCAGUUCCCAUGGUGCCUUUAAAAAGUCCCGAGCGAAUUUCACGAGAUUCCUCAGAGGAGCCACCGCCAAUCAGCCCACCUUCUUCAUCCUCUUCUAUAUAUACCAAGUCAAUCAAUCCAACAAUAGUGGAAAUGUCGCGGUCCGUUGAAGAGCAUACAUGUCGUCUCCCGUCAUCCAUGCUAGAACCCAUGUCGGCUUCCAUCUAUGACGCCGCGUGGGAGGAGGUAUUCCCGGUGGAAGAAGUCAUGGAUGAAGUGACAGGAUUGCCCGUUUAUAUCGCACCUUGGAUUAUUCGAAGUGAAUCGGAUGAGGAUGAUAAUAGAAGAGUGGCAGAAUGGACGCCACCUUCAGUUUCACCUUCGCUGAAGCGCCAGGCCGCGGACAAUCGCACUGCCAAAAACCCCCCGUAUAAAUGGAAACAAAAUCGCAACGUGGAGCCGUUGGCAAGCCAGCCAAAGAAGAAGCGCAACUUUUGGAUGUCGUUCCGAAGAAGCAAGAAGGCAGUAACAGCAGCAGUCACAGGCUCGUCAGACGGACCAGCAUCCCCGAAAAGUAACGAGAGCAGUCCAAUGGGCCCCGGCUCUUCCCCUAAGCCACAAUCACCUACUUCCAAUCUUGCCCGUAAGGGCACUGUUCGUGAGAAUUAUGCGCCUAGUGCUGCCAAUGCCGUCGCCAGGCCAGCAAGAGAGCCCGAUCGCACGCCGAUUCAUCCGAAGCCUUUGGUUGUAAGUGCUGCCGAAGAAGUCAAGCACACAGUUGUAUCAGUUACUGAAGUCGAAGUUCCGACUCCGCCAACAACACCCAAGAAUGAAGAACUAAAUUGUGCUGCAUGUAGGGAGCUGGGCCAUAAGAUCACCAUGGCUAUACCUGAAGGAGAACUCCUGAACGACGAAUUGAGAGCUCGCUUGUGUUGUUAG